UUUGGAGCCAAUACACAGUACUGACUCCGAGACGAAAGGUGUUUAAAAAAAUAAAAAAGCAGUAUUGCUGUUGCCAUGUACAGGGUUCUCUUGGUUCUGUUCAUUUCACUUUGCAUCAACUCAUAUAGGUCUUCCCAAGUUUUUCUGAAACCAUCUCCUUCAUCAUUUCGUAUAGGACAAUAGUAUUCCAUCAAAAUCAUAUAGUACAACUUGUUCAGUCAUUCCCCAAUUGAUGGGCAUCCCUUCAAUUUUCACAAGAGGGGCAGCUAUAAAUAUUUUUGUACUUGCUGGUCCUUUUCCUUUUCCUCUGAUCUCUUGGGUUAGAGACCUAGUGGCACUAUUGCUAGGUCAAAAUGUAUGCAGUUUUGUAGCUAAAAAAAGUUCCUUCUUUAGAAACAAGAGUGAAGGAAGAGAUAGUGAAAAAGUUUUGUUAGGAAAGUGUAAGAUGAGGAGAAGGGAAGAAAAGGUAGCUUGAGGUGAAUGGCCUCAAUUCUCUCAGUAAAGGUAUGAGGUAAGAUCCUCAGCUGAGAAGUGAAGGCUGAAAGUGAAGAGAAAGUUGGGAACAUCAAUUGUGGAGAGAGGACCAACAACAAGAAUGAAAGAAUUACCUCACUGAGGUAAGGACCCAAGUAAGAUUAGCUAACAGAUUGACAGUGGAUCUAGUAAGCACAAUUGGGUGACUUCCUGAUCUCUCAUAAGAACUGAUAGGACAAAGGAUGUAAGGAGAGAGGACAAAGUGAAAACAAACUAGUCUGCUCCAAGAUCAAGAUUGGAAGGGAGGAAAAUAAAGCCAGAACAAGGGAAAUGACCUGGGGACUAAGAGAGGCAGGGGAAGGAGGUCAUGCCAAUUGGGAGUGAUAAGUUUCAAUUGUUUAGAUCUCACUUUAUUUGUGUGAAAAAGUGGUUUGUAAUUGUGUUCAUAUAAUUCCUGUGUUUGGCUUGGCAAAAAGAUCCCCAAGGAUUUGAUAUGUCUAGAGUGAUUUUAAAUGGAAUUUCUCUUUCUAACUCUUGCCGCUGGACUUUGUUAGAAACAUAUAGAAAUGCUGAAGAUUUGUGUGGAUUUAUUUUGUAUCCUGGCACUUUGCUAAGGUUAUUAUUUCAACUAGUUUUUUAAUUGAUUCUCUAGGAUUCUUUAACCAUACUGUCAUAUCAUCUGCAAAUAGUGUUAGUUUAGUUGAGGAAUAAGUUUCAGAAGAGUGAAGCAGAGGGAGAGAUGGAAUGAUGGGAGAUUAGAAGCAGAUAAAGCAUUUCCAGAUUUUGGGAACACUCGUGGAUAACAGUAAGAGCAAAGGUGUCCCCAUCCAUCCCUGGGUGAGACCAGAGUGACGGAGAGGAGGAGGAGGCAAUCAUGGCAAUUGAGGAGCCGGAGAAAUUAGGAGGUCAGAGUGUUUGGGAGAAUAUCCAUAUGCACAUUGAAGCCUCCUGGAAUAGGGUUGGAUGGCAAGGCAGUGAGAAAGGCUGUAAGUCAAGAACUGAAUCCCUCAUGAAAGAAGGGGAAAUGAUUUGGGAGCUGGUAGAGAAUGGCUAUUAGGAUUUGGGUUGGGUGGCAAAUUUGGAGAGCAUGAACCUCAGAGAAGGAGGGAUUGCUUAACCAUGGCAACAAAGGAAGGUUCUGGAAGCAGCAGUGAGGAUUCUGACUUUCCCACAUGACUUGGGGAGAGGAGGUACAGCCAAGGCACUGCUGGGGAUGCUACUGUGAGCACAGCUUUGGAGCUGUCCAGAUAGGCACCCAACCAGCUCAACAUGAAGGAGCCAGAAAAAUGGAAUCUUGAAAGGUGACAAUGUCUUUGCUGUGGAUUAUGUGGAGGGACUAGACCCCCAGGGCCUAGGCCAGCUGUGGAGCAGGAGGCAACCAUGGGGCUAUGCCCUUGAGGCCCCUGGGACUCCCCCUCAGUCUCCCAGAACACUCCUACCCUGGUCCUCUCUAACUCCAGCCUAGCCCCCAGUACAGCUGCAGCAGAUGGCUCAGUUGGAAGCUUCCCCUGGCCUGCAGCAGCAGGGGAUGACCAUGCCCAUGGCUGGAGCCCUUGAUGCACUGGAGGAGCAUGUGGAGCUGUGGUGGUCUCAGGAGCCCCGGCGUGCUGCUCUCUGUUUCUCUGUGGCUGUGGCCCUAGUGGCUGGCUGUGGAGCUGGAGGAGUGGCCCUGCUCUACUCCACCAACAGCCGCUCUGGUGAGUGGCGCCUUGCCAUGGGCACUGUGCUCUGCCUGUUGGCCCUGCUGGUGCUGGUGAAGCAGCUGCUGGGCUCAGCCGUGCAGGACAUGAACUGUAUCAGGCAGCCCCAGCACGUGGCCCUGUUGCGCAGUGGAGGAGGAGCAGACAGUCUCGUGGUCCUGGUCAGUGGCCUGGUGCUGCUGGUCAGUGGCCUAGUGCUGGCCAGCCUAGCGGCCUCCCCUGCCACUGGUCCUGGCCCCAGCCCCAGCCCAGCCAGGCCCCUGGCCACCAUGCUAACUGCGGGCAUUGUCCUGAGUGUGGUGGGGGCCCUCCUGCUAUUGGGACUGCUGCUGUACCAAGCGGGCUUGGGAGGCCGAUGCCUCCUGCCCACCACAACUACAGGCUCAGGUCGAGGCCGGGGACUAGCAAGCAGCAGCAUCUUCAGCAUCUCUGGGCGGCUGCCAGCCACACCCAGCAUCGCCAACCUCCUCUGACUGACCUCAGAGCAGCUGCCACCCCUUUGACUUUCACUGGUGGCCUCUAGGUCCAGCCUCUGGCCUCCCAUCUUCAUCAGGGGUCACCUUCACCGCUUGUCUCCACACUCCGGCCCCCAUCUCUAUCCUCCCGUUUCCCAUCAUCACUAAGAGGUCUGGCUCACAUGUUAGUCCUGCUUGGGCGUGUGUGCUAUCUGGAAUCAGAAACCCUUUACCUGCCCUGCAGGCCCUUUCCCAUAUUCCAUUCUUCCUGGGGAUCCCAAAACCUCCCACCUUCCAACAACCCCCUAAAAGCUGACAAGCAGAAAAUCCUCCAUCCCAAGUCAGAGGUUCCUUCAGAGCCCAUUAAAUGAGAAUAGUUGGAAAGCCUUUAGCAUGGCCCUUGGCACAAAAGGACUUAACAAAUUCUUCCUAUUCCUCCAUCCCAGCUCCGAGACUCCUCUGUGAGCCCCAUCCUUUAGGAGGGAUCCCUUAUCUCAGCUCAGAGAUCCCCCUCCUGACCCUUCCCCAGCUCAUGGAUCCCCUAAGUCCCCCAUCCCAUAUCAGGGACCCCCUUUGACCACCCCAGCCCAGCUCAGAGACCCUCCCCUCUAACCCAGCUAACCCCUCUCAUGUCAGAUCAGGCUCCCAAAUAAAGGUGCAGAACGACAACA